AGCAAAACAGGUCCUGCAAGCCCAGGUAAUUCAGGAAGCAGAAUGGUAAUUAUUCACAGAAGAAAGCAGGUAGUAUACUGUUACAGUACCACAGUAGAAAGUCAGAAGGUCACCAAGCUUGCAAGGUAACUGACACAACUUGAAACUGCUUGGCCCCCUUUAAAAAGAAAUUAUAAAAUGGGAGAGAAUGAAGCAAGUUUACCUAACACAUCUUUGCAAGGUAAAAAGAUGGCCUAUCAGAAGGUGAAUGCAGAUCAAAGAGCACCAGGGCAUUCACAGUACUUAGACAAUGAUGACCUUCAAGCCACUGCCCUUGACUUAGAAUGGGACAUGGAAAAGGAACUGGAGGAGCCUGGUUUUGACCAGUUCCAACUAGAUAGUGCUGAGAAUCAGAACCUGGAGAAUCCAGAGACUGCAGAUCUCAAUCUUGAUUCCAUUCAACCAGCAACUUCACCCAAAGGAAGGUUUCAGAGACUUCAAGAAGAGUCUGACUAUGUUACCCGUUACACAAGAUCUGCACCAAAGAGCAACCCCUGCAACUUUUGCCGCCUCUUAAAAGUACUUUGCACAGCCAUCAUUUUAUUUAUUUUUGGGAUUUUGAUAGGCUAUUAUGCACAUAAAAAAUGUCCUUCAAAUGCUACAUCUUCAGCAACGCUUGGUCUUCAGUUAUACCAAGAGAUUCUCGAGACAAUCCAAGCAGAAGAUAUUAAGAAGUCUUUCAGAAAUUUGGUACAACUGUAUAAAAGUGAAGAUGACACAGAAAUUUCAAAGAAGAUUAAGACUCACUGGACUUCUUUGGGCCUAGAAGAUGUACAGUUUGCAAAUUACUCUGUGCUGCUUAAUCUGGCAGGCCCUUCUGCCAGCUCCGUGACUCUGCGCAGCAGCGGCCAGUGCUUUCAUCCUAAUGGCCAGCCCUGCAGCGAAGAAGCCAGAACACAUAGCAGCCAAGAUCUGCUCUACUCCUAUGCAGCCUACUCUGCCAAAGGAACUCUCGAGGCUGAAGUCAUUGAUGUGAGUUAUGGAAAUGCAGAUAAUUUAAAAAGGAUUCAAAAAAUGAAAAAUACAACGAAUCAGAUUGCACUCCUGAAAUUAGGAAAAUUGCCAUUACUUUAUAAGCUUUCCUUAUUAGAAAAGGCUGGAUUUGGUGGUGUUCUUCUAUAUAUUGAUCCUUGUGAUUUACCAAAGACUGCAAAUCUUAGCCAUGAUACCUUCAUGGUAUCACUGAACCCAGGAGGAGACCCUUCAACGCCAGGUUAUCCAAGUGUGGAUGGAAGCUUUAGACAAAACCGAUCAAACCUCACGUCUCUGCUAGUUCAGCCCAUCUCGGCAUCUCUCGUUGAGAAACUGAUCUCCUCUCCAAACAGCAGAACCAAAACUGGUGUCUGUAGCCCUCUAGAACUUCCAAAUAAUGAUGAAAGAAUUGUCAACAUGCAAGUUCAGACAGUUACAAAAUUCAAAACAGUGACUAAUGUUGUUGGAUAUUUAAAGGGCUUGAUAUCUCCAGACCGGUAUAUCAUAGUUGGCAGCCACCAUCAAAGUGCGUAUGGUUCUUAUGGACAAGAAUGGGCCAGCAGCACUGCUGUAAUCACUGCUUUUAUCCGGGCCUUGAUGUUAAAAGUUAAGAAAGGGUGGAGACCAGACCACACGAUUGUUUUCUGUUCAUGGGGAGGAACAGCUUUUGGCAAUAUUGGCUCAUAUGAAUGGGGAGAGGAUUUCAGGAAAGUUCUGCAGAGAAAUGUCGUGGCUUAUGUUAGUCUCCAUAGUCCCAUAAGGGGUAACUCAAGUCUACAUUCCAUAGCCUCACCAUCUCUUCGGCAACUGGUAAUAGAGAAAAAUCAUUUCAACUGUUCCAGAAGAGCUAACUGCCAAGAAACUAAUGUCAGUUCCGUACAGAUACAAGGUGAUGCUGAUUAUUUCAUCAACCAUCUUGGAGUUCCCACCGUGCAAUUUGCCUUUGAGGACAUCAAAGCAUUAGAGUGUCCAAGUUUUCUCUCUGAGGCCCUUUUCCCUAACCGUGCAAGAAAAAUUGAAGAAAUGGAUCCUUUUUUCAACCUUCAUGAAACCAUUACUAAGCUCUCAGGAGAAGUGAUUUUGCAAAUUGCCAAUGAACCAGUUCUGCCCUUUAAUGCUCUCGAUGUAGCUUUAGAAGUUCAAAACAGCCUUAAAGGUGAUCAACCCAACACUCAACUGCUAGCUCUGGCCUCACGUCUGCGGGAGAGUGCUGAACAAUUCCAGUCAGAUGAGAUGCGUCCUGCUAAUGAUCCCAAGGAAAGAAUUCCCAUCCGUGUCCGAAUGCUGAAUGACAUUCUCCAAGACAUGGAGAAAAACUUCCUCGUACAGCAAGUGCCACCAGGUUUUUAUAGAAAUAUCCUGUACCACCUUGAUGAGAAGACAAGCCAGUUUUCAAUCCUCCUGGAAGCACAGGAGCGCUGCCAGUUACUUGCCUCAAAUGAGAGUCUUCAAGAAGCCCUGUCAGAGGUGCUGAACAGCAUUAAUUCAGCUCAGGUUUACUUCAAAGCAGGACUUGAUGUGUUCGAGGAUGUCUUGGCUGGAAAGAACUGAGUAAACUCUCAGCAUUUUAAAAAGUUUGUUUACAAUUCCUCAAGCAAAAGCUCUAAUUUAACCAGAUUUUCUGACAUUGAAGACUUUCCCCCCAGUGACUUUUUAUACAAGUCUAAAGCUAUUAUGACAUCGUGUUUUUAAAUGUACAUAUAAAAGAGCAUUUUGCACAUUUAAUAUUUUCUUAUAUCGACAUCUCUGAAUAUGUCAAAGCGAGUUAUUGAGAUAAUCCUUAAGAUUUAUGUAUUAAAAAGAAAUCUGCUGUAUUUUUGUAUAUAUAAAAUAUGUGGGGGGGGAAAGUUCCAAGAUGUUCUGGACAGUCUUCACUCCUAGGGAUAAAACAUAUAGGAACGGAAGUUAAAACAUAUAGGAAUGGAAGCUAUUAAUAACCUAGUUUCUGUAAUAGAAAUGGAGAGUUGAUAUGAUUUCAGAUUAACUUCACUAGUAAGUAUUCAAUAUGAAGAAUUCAAGUAUUCCGACUGACUGAUUGGUCGACCAAAACCACUUUGAAUGUUUCUAUUUUAUGAAAUGAAGUGCCUGUUCGUAAUACAACUAGAUGUAGUAAUACACUGGUUAUGAAAUUGUAUUUUUUAAGUAUUAAUGAAAAAAAGAGCCAUAAACAUUCCAGGGGAAAAAUCUCAAAGUAGCUGCACAGAGCAAUUUAAAUGCAAAUUUUUUCCUAACAACUUAUAAGGUGACUAGCUUUGAAACCCCUAAUUUGCUUCAGUUGAUUUUGUACAAAUUUCAGGAGUGAUAUAUGUCUUAUGAGGGAGAAAAUAUUUCUGAUUUCUUCUUCUGUUGGUUCUGUUGGAAGCAUUGAAACCCAGCUACUCUAAAAUGAAGGCAUUUUGCAUCGCUAUUCCUUCUUGUCUUUUUUUCUGAAACUCCUUCCUGUAAGGCGGUUUUAACAGAAAACCAUGUAAUUUCCACAGGAAAGUAGCAAAGUUUCUCUUUGAAAACCCGAACUAUCUUGAAAAGCAUCAAAUUGCUAUUUCUGCCACUGACAAAAAGGACUUACAAUGAAAGAAAUAGUUGUUUGAUCAAUGGAAAACUUCUUAAUUCUGUGAAGAGGCUUUUGAUAUUUUUCCUUCUUUAUCCUUCAUUGUGACUAAGAUGAAAGUGUAGCAAAUAUUCAUGCUUCUAAUUUUAUGCAGAAAAUACAGUGUUACUACAAGAAUGUGUCUUUCCCACACUUCAGUUUUCUCCUGUGGAAAAUGAAGUUUUUCAUACUGACAUUGUCAUGAAAUGGCCCCAGCAUCCACUGUUUCCCCAAAAGCCCAACAUUCUGUCUGUUAGGUGACAGUUUGAACUUUGAGCUUUAUCCUUAGAAAUUUUCUUUUGGUAUUGAAUAAAGCAAUUCCCCUUAGGAAACGUACCCUCAGUAUAUUUUAUGUGAAUUGUCUCCACCUAACACAACACCCAGACACACUUCCCUUUGUAGAUAUUCCACCAGGGCAACAUUACAGCCAAUGCCUGUAUGUGGAAGUCUCCAGUUUUUAUGGAUAAGCAUGAACCUACUCUUGGUUUAAAGAAAAGCUACAGCUGAGGGGAAAGAAUUAAUCAGUAUUGAUUAAUUGAUUUAUAAGGGUCAGCUGUUCCUAUCAUAAGUAAUGUUGAUAUGCUCAAGGCAAAGAGGAGAGUUGAUGCAAUUAGCUGGAUAAUUCAAGCAGAAAUCCAUUUUCCUAUGAGUUGCCUGUGUGCGCAUAUUUUUAAGUGACAAAUGAAACUACCUUACACAUUUUUUUUGAAACCAGUGUGCUUGUUUGAAAAUAUUUCCUAUGUUGAGGAGUAUCUACAAGGAAAAGCUAAGAGGACCAACUUCUUGCGUGCCUCAGUGUCAGUGCCCUGAUUUCUGGUCCACAGAAAUCAAUAGCAGAACAGAGGGGAAAGACACACACAAACACUGUUCAGGGCCAAAUAAGAGAAUGCUUUCUACCAAGGGAUCCUCCAUAUUUAAUCAAGCUUUCAUGUGUUCCUUCUAGUUCUUCGUUAUAGUUGAAGUUAAUAUAAACCAAACGGCAUUUUGAAGAUGAAGCUGAAUUUAAAGCAAGCACAAGCAAAUAAUCAUUAGUUUGGUAGUUUAUCAUUUGAAAACAAAAUCCUAAGGAAACUCACUCCCUUAGUCGGUAAGACUGUCGAGAGCACAAAAUACAUGUUUAUACGUUUUUGUCUAAAGAUCGCAUACCUACGUAAACCACAUUGCAUAGAUAAAAAUCUCAAUAUUAUGUGUUCUCCCUUCUAGAUUAUAUAUUUGCUAUUUGAAAAAAAAAAGCUAAAAUUAACUAUGUACUAGUGUGUUUUUAUUAGUCUAUUUAAGAGAUUAUGUGAAGAAAGUAAAUUAUAAUUAAAAUGGAUGUCCACUAAUUCUAUAGAUGCUGCUUUAGAUCUUCGACUACAACAAACCUCUUAACUAGAACAUCACUGCUAUGGUGUUCCUCUAAAUUUAUAUCAUUUUAAUUUUUUUUUUUCCUUAACAAAUCCAAGUAAAUAAAAUCCUAUGCAAAUUAAUUACAAGUGUUUUUGGUGAAUUGAUAGUAGGUUCAAACUGUUGUGGAGAUAUCCGGGUGGCUGGUACUUCUCACAAUCCUUCGUUUAUAGAAUGGUGCCAGGGCACAAUGAGUCACAAAUGGUUACUCUCCCAAGAAAAUAUGGCAUACAUUCACCACUUAAAUUUGGGUUCAAGAAAGGUAUGAGUGAGCUACUGCCCUUUGUGGAAAAGCGGAGGUUGCAUGAAAAGAAAGCCUGAGACAUUCUGGUCUAAGCCCUAGGAUAUUACCUUUAGCCAGGGAAAGCAUUGUCACUCUCAUCAG